CGAAGUAAAAUUUCUUACUUUUUGAAAUUAUUAUAUUAACAAAUUGGUAUAUCAAUAAGAAAUACAAAUUACAUAUUAAAAAACUAUGUCAAAAGUUCUACAAAACAAGAGGUGACAAGAAUAUUUUAUUUUAUCAAAUACUUAAUGAAAUCGCGUAAUUUUCUUUUUAAAAUUCUCGAAUGAUUUCUUGAAACAAUAAAAAUGAGGAAGAAUCCCCUUAAAAGCUCUAAAAGUUCUGUGAAUGAGGCAAGGACUUCGGGUCGAUACGAUGAUGAUGCAAGACCCCUGGCUUCUUCUUCCAUUGCCAGAAGUAUUUCUAUGAAAUCAGGUGUAGGGGGGAGCAAGCAAAAAAUGAUAGUUGAGGACGUUCUUCGGUAUGGAGAAAUGAGAGUUGAGGCUGAAGUGUUCACAUUCUGCGAACUCGCGAAAGCCACCGACAAUUUUAACCCUGAUCUGCUAUUGGGAGAAGGAGGCUUUGGGAGGGUAUACAAAGGACAUAUUAGAAGAACUAAUAAGAUGGUGGCAGUGAAGCAACUAGAUAGAAAUGGAGUUCUUGGAAAUAGAGAAUUCCUAGCUGAGAUCUUGACUUUAAGUCUUGUUCACCACCCAAAUCUUGUGAAUCUCAUUGGAUAUUGUGCAGAUGGGAACCAAAGAAUUUUAGUGUUUGAGUUCAUGCCCAAUGGCUCUUUGCAAGACCAUCUUUUUGAUUUGCCUCCCAGUAGAAACCAUCUUGAUUGGUAUACUAGGAUGCAUAUUGCCAAGGGUGCAGCGCAAGGGCUAGAGUAUUUGCACGACACGGUUGAUCCUCCGAUAAUAUUUCGCGAUUUCAAAACAUCAAAUGUGCUAUUGGACGAGUCCUUCAACUCGAAGUUAUCUGGUUUUGGUGUUGCAAAAUUUAGUUUGAGCGAAGAAAAAGACAGUGCAUUCACAAGGAUAAUGGAGACCUAUGGGUAUUGUGCUCCCGAGUAUGUUAAGUCGGGGGAACAACUUACGACCAAAUCUGAUGUCUAUAGCUUUGGAGUUGUACUUUUGGAGAUAAUUUCUGGAAGGAGAGUGAUUGAUAAUGCGAGAUUAACUGAGGAACAAAACCUGAUUUCAUGGGCGAAACCGCUUUUGAACGAUAGAGAAAAGUUUAGAACAUUGGCGGAUCCAUUGCUUGUAGGGAACUACCCUACAAAAGGGAUGUAUCAGGCUCUUGCCGUGGCGGCCAUGUGUCUUCAAGAUGAAGCUAACACACGACCUCUCAUUGGGGACAUUGUGAGCGCCCUCGAGUACUUGGCCACACCCGAUGAAGAAUGGAAUGGCACAGCCGAUGGAGAUGGCGUGGAGUGCCUGCUUGUUCCAAAAGACAAAAACGCAUCCACAACAUUAGAAUGAAAAAAAGGUUUUUUUUUUCCGUUUGUAGGAGCACAUGUUUCACUUGUUUGAUGGGACAAACCCAGAGAAAAAAGGAGAAUGUACAAUGCAAUGGAUUUCAAGAGGUGUUUGUUUUGUUCCUCAGAUGUGAUUGAAUCAAUAUUAAGAUUUACAAAGCAGAAUGAAUUCUGGGAUUUCAAUGAUCACAAGGCUCUAGAGGCUAAUUGAAAUAUUUGCUCCAUCACAAUUGUAGCCUUUCAGCAGCUAAAUCAAAUAUUUGCUCCAAUUCAAGUUUGACUCCAUCAUCAGCAAAGAUGAAACCAAUGGCAUUCCUUGCCAGGUCAAACAUUUCUCUCUUUUCAAUACCUUUUUUUGUCAAAACCAAAAGCAUACCAAGUCAAACAAUUAAUAAAAUAUUUUGAUCAAA